AUGGAAUUUGAACAAGCAUUUGCUUCACCUUUUCGGCAUAUCUCAUCUCACCCAAUUUCACUGCCUCCUCAUACCGUGAACUCCGCAACUGAAGAAAAACCCUACCAAGGCCAGCCAUUGCAGCCACCUCUUUCGAAGCCUUUUUCUGCUCUCUCUCUCUCUCUCUCUCUUCGAUUGGCCGAUAGGUAUCAAGGCACUCCAACUCCAACACAGGGAGAAUCGUAUAGCAAAACGUUGUCAUACACAGUAAAACAAUAUUCGCCUGUAGAUUUCAGAAUGGAUAAAAGCGAGGUAGUUAUGGAGGAUGUAGAGAAGCAGUCACAAGCUUCGGCUAGUGAUAGACGAGAUUCGGAGGACGACCUGGUCGAUGCGCAAGUUGAUCCCCAACAGGAGCAAUUGUCCCAUCCAGAGGCCCCGGAGGAUCAAAAUUCCUGUGAAGAAAGGGCAGAGGACCAAAACAAUGUAAAAAAGGAUCCAAGCCCUGGCAAAAACGUUGUACCGGACCAAUACGCUAGUGACAAUGCUUCAGAGGAGAAAAACACUAGUGAAAUUGGGAAACCUCCUGUUGAAUUGCCUGUGGAUAAGGUUCCUAUGAGUGGGAAGAAGGAAUUGGUAGAUGAGCCAAAGGAGCCUGACAAUACAACCACUGCUUUGGUGGCUGCUGGCACUGAUGGUAUCGGUGAAAUGCUGGAGAGUAAUUUACCAAAAGAAGAAAUCCCCGUAGAUAAAAAUGAAGGUGAUGAUACUCCCCUUGCCAAUCAACAUGAACCAGCUACACCCAACCUCCUAGUGAAGUGUUCGUCUGCCAAAGCUGAAGUUCAAAGUGGGGACACAUUCAAGAAUGGCAUGAAUGAAUCAAAGAUGUCGGAGGAUGAUGAUGAUGGAACACCAGAGGACCAAGCAGCAUUCAUGAAGGAGUUGGAAAGUUUCUAUAGGGAGAGGGCCAUGGAAUUUAAACCCCCCAGGUUUUAUGGGCAUCCACUCAAUUGCUUGAAGCUAUGGAGAGCUGUAAUUAAAUUAGGUGGUUAUGAUCGGGUGACUGGAUCCAAGUUGUGGCGGCAAGUGGGAGAAUCUUUUCACCCCCCUAAGACCUGCACAACUGUUUCUUGGACAUUUCGGAUUUUCUACGAGAAGGCACUUCUUGAAUACGAGAGGCAUAAGAGGCAAAAUGGUGAACUCCAGCUUCCUAUUGCUGCCCUGCCUGAGUCUUCGGUUGUCGAAAGUGAG